AUGGGCGACUCCAGUACCGUAUCGACGACCGGCUUUGGUCCUCUAUGGGCUACAAUAGGAGCUGCUAAUCAAGUUAAUCAACAUAUCGGAUGUACUGCACGAACGGUGAAGCUAGUGUCGAGGAAACAGAUAUUUCUCAUACUGCCGGACCAGGAUGCUAGUGCUGGCUUAGAAGGGGGGAAGGCGGUCCGUAUAUUCCCCUGCUCGAUGAAUCCUCUAGAUAGUCUGCGUCAAUGGCAUGAUGAGGGAGAAGUCCCGGAAAAUGCAGUAGCUCUUUCUUGGGCG